UACACAUGUCAAAAUCAAACAAUUUUCACCUAAUAACACUCUUAAUUUCCCUCUCAAAAAAACAAUGUUUACUUAUCCCCCUUACCCCCCAAAAGACUAUGUGCUCAAAGAACAACCCAAAAUCGCAAGAAGUUCAGCACAAUUCACUCCCGAUUCUGAACCCCGGGUGACUCAAACAUCUUUAGGAAUAUUUUGUGCCCCAGUGGAAUAUCCCGAGGGCGAAACCCCGGCCAAAGUGCAAUUGUCCAGCCCCAACCCCAAAAUCUUGGAAAAAUGGGCUAAAGACGAUCGCGCCUGGUGGGUGCCGAAGCCCGGAAAAGAUGAUUUUUUCAUUCACGAUAUGUACAAGAAAUAUAAUGUGACGAUGGGCAGCUACAAUCCAGCUCACAAGCAUAUGGAGAAAGUAUUUAAUCGUUCGUACAAAUACGAGCUAGUGUGUCUUGAGGAGAGCAGACUACAAAAGCUAAGGAACAAAUGCGAAAAAGAGGAAAAUAUUAGCGAGGCACUGUUCAAAAGUGUGGAGAAAAAAGAGCAUGAGGAAAGCCAUCCGCCCAUGAAGGUUCUGGAUUGCAAAGCGGUUCCACCAUUUUGGUGGAAGACCGUCGACGAGCAAACACAAGUGACACCGGCGAUACCUGUGCCAGAAACCGUCCAAACAUUUUCGGGAAGAUGGGCACAGGAACCAUGCCUGACAGCCGUAGUAGUAGACGAUCCUUGCCGCAGAAAAUUUGACAUGCAACUGGUCGGACUACCGUUUCGCACUGAAGCCUGCAAUUUUUAUUAUGAACAUUAUCCGCCGCCGGAUAUUAAGUUUAGACCCAAGAAAAUACAGUAGUGGGUGUCAUUUUCUGGGGUGUAUGUAGCAGUGUAUACAUUUAUAACAAAUAAAUAAAACCUUUAUUAAAUCAAAA